CAAAACAAAAACAUUGAAACGGCAAAACGGCACUGUUUUUGCGCUGCUGCUCAUUAUUUAGUUGUGCUGUUUUUGUCAAAAGAAAGCUAUUUAUAAAAAUUUAGGCGAACGACACUCGUAAGUGAAUUCCACGAGAUCUUUGGCUUUUGAAAAGACUUCAGACAAGAGCUUAAAUCGAAAAUCGAUCUCAAUUCGUUAAAAAAUGACCGGCACCGUAGUUCUUGGAGGUGGCUCUGGUUUUGUCGGAACGGCCCUCGGAAAUCUCCUGAGGAGAAAUGGCUACAACAUUAUCACGGUUUCAAGAAUGCCAGGACCAAACCGAAUGUCUUGGAUUGAACUGCAGAAGACUGGCAUUCCAGACAGAUGCAAGGCUGUGAUUAAUCUGGCAGGACAAAAUAUUCUUGAUCCAAAGCACCGCUGGACCGAGGGAUUCAAGCAAAAUGUGUACUCGAGCAGAAUCAACACAACCCAGUGGCUGGCCGAGGCCAUCGACAGAGCACCGACCAAGCCUGAAGUCUUCAUCACAGUCUCGGGCGUUGGCUAUUACAAACCAAGUGAGACUGAAGUUUACGACGAAAGCAGCAAAGGGGGUGAUUUCGAUUACCUCUCCAAACUCUGCACAGACUGGGAAGCGGCUGCAAAGUUGAGUUCCAGUCCAGGAGUCAGACAAGUCACAAUUAGAUCUGGGGUCGUUUUGGGCCGUCUGGGCGGAAUGGUGCAGCAGUUGUACUUGCCCUUCUACUUGGGCGUGGGAGGCCCUGUCGGCAGCGGCAAACAAUUCCUUUCUUGGAUCCACGUCCAGGACAUUACCAGAAUGUUUUUGUUUGCCAUCGAGAACAAGAAGGUCUCGGGAGUAUUAAACGGAGUCGCACCAAAGAUCUGCACUAAUGGCGAGUUCAGCAAAGCAUUCGGCCAGGCCAUGUGGAGACCUUGGUUCCUUCCAGUGCCAGAGUUUGUGCUGAAUUUUGCUUUCGGCUCGGAGAGAGCAAUGAUCAUGACGAAAGGUCAGCACGUGGUUCCGAAGCGAGCUCUUGAAUAUGGUUUCAGCUACAAUUUCCCAGAGAUUAAAUCAGCUUGCCAUCAGUUAGCAAAUGUUUUGGCAGUUGAGGAGUCCUUGUAGUCAAAUUUUUGCAUUUGUCAAAUUAAGAAAUCUAAUCUAAUUGUUUUUUAGCAAAAAUUAAGUUCGUUUAAAUCUCAAUCUGUUUAACAAGAAGAUACUACCCCUGCCAGAGAUAUUUAUUUGUAUCAAAGGAUAUGAUAGUUAAAUUUUGACAAAUGUAAUUAUUGUAAAUAAAAAUGUAGAAUUUGUACUAAAUCUAAAAUCAG